GCUGCGCUGGUGCGGACUCUCGCCGGAAACCAUCGACCGGAGCCCCCUGUUUCCCCUGCCUCCCUUCGCUGCCCACCGAAUCUACGAUCGCGCGUAUAUAAAACGUCUCGCCCCUCUCCGUCUUGCCGGCAGCACAAAGCGUCCGUCUCCGUCACCCCAUCCCAGCCAAGAGCACACAAGAAUCAAUCAAACUUCACAAGCAGUUCAGCUCCCCGCAGCCGGCCUCAGCACGCGACCGACCGAUCCAUCCAUCCAAGAUCCAACCGAAGCGCGAGACGGAGAUGAGCUCGUCGGCGGCGGCCAAGAAGGGUGCGUCGCUGGUGGUGGCGACGAGCAUGGCGGCCGUGGAGGCGCUCAAGGACCAGGCGGGGCUGUGCCGCUGGGACUACGCGCUCCGCUCGCUCUACCAGCGAGCCGUGGUCACGGGCCGCCGCGCCGUCCCGGCGUCCCUCUCCUCCUCCUCCAAGGCAGCCAGCGGCAGCGCGGCCGCCGUCGGCAGGGCUGCCCGGCCCAGGCGGUCCGAGGAGGAGAAGCUCCACAAGGCGUACCACGUCGUCUGCUGGGGACCCAACUGAUUACCACUACCUUUUUUUAGGGCGAUUACCACUACUUCUAAUCAGUUUUGUUCUGCUAUAAAUUGAUUCGUUUCUCUGUCUCUCUCUCUCUCCGCGAAUGGUUUGUAAUUGAGAUAUCUGCAUACCGGGAAAUAGAAAGAAAGGGAGAUAUAUUAUUACAGUAUAAA